GCUUAGCUUACGAUUGAAGCCCUAAUUUCCCCUCUCUUGCUAUCGACCCAAACCUGACCUGCGAUUAUCCCUUUUGAUUCUGAGACUUUGGGGAAGACGGUAAUCGCAGUUCGCCUCCGGAAACUUCGGCGUCGUCAACGUCGUCGCUCCUCUGUUUCUCGGGUGAGACAGUGACAUCAUCAUGGCACAUGCAUCUGCUGUAGAUUACAAGGACGUAAAUGCCACUUCUGGUUCAGACAUUGUUGCCUCCAUUGGCCAAACUACUGAAGGUACAGCUGCUCUUGCUUCCGCAGCUGUGUUUAAAACAGCAGAGAUGGUUUCUUCAGCUGCUAGUGUUGUUGCAGCUGAUUCAGUGGCUGAUACCGCAAAUGUAGACACUGGAUAUGCGUAUGAUGCAUCAGUAAAUUCUUCCCAGCAUGCUUCUUCCGCAAUGGCUUAUGAUGCUAAUGAAAAUUCUACUAUUUCCGGAAAUGCCCCUCUUGAUUCAAUUCAAGUUGCUGGGUAUGGUUCUGCACUGAUUAGUAAUGGUGUUAGAGAAACAGGGGAUGAAGCAUCAGGCAAUAUAUCAGAAAAUGGGCCUUCUCCAGCUGACGGCCCUGAAUCUGUUUCUAUGCACCAGCCCUUGGACUCUGGACUUAGUGCAGAAGAAGAAAGAUUGUGGAGCAUAGUGACAGCUAAUUCUCUGGACUUCACUGCAUGGACAUCAUUGAUUGAGGAAACAGAGAGAACAUCGGAGGGUAACAUUUUAAAAAUCCGAAAAGUUUAUGAUACUUUUCUGGCCGAGUUCCCCCUGUGCUAUGGCUACUGGAAGAAGUACGCUGAUCACGAGGCACGGCUCAGUUCAGUGGACAAAGUUGCAGAGGUUUAUGAAAAAGCCGUCCAAGGAGUUACCUACUCUGUUGACAUGUGGUUGCAUUACUGUGUUUUUGCUAUUGGCACAUAUGGACUCCCUGAUACCAUCAGAAGGCUAUUUGAGAGAGCAUUGGCAUAUGUUGGCUCUGAUUACUUAUGUUUCCCAAUUUGGGACAAAUACAUUGAGUAUGAAAUUUCCCAGCAAGAUUGGCCUCGUGUUGCUACCAUCUAUACUCGAGUAUUGGAAAUUCCGAAUCAGCAGCUGGACCGUUAUUUUGAAGGAUUCAAAGAAUUAGUUGCUAGUCGUCCCCUGUCUGAGCUGCAAACAGCUGAGGAAGCUGCUGCUGCAAAUUCUGAAGCUGCUAGUCAUGAAAAUGAGGGAGAGGCUACGGAACAGCCAACUAAGGCUGUAAGUGCAAGCUUAAAAGAUGCGGAGGAGUUGGAGAAGUAUAUUGCUGUUAGGGAAGAGAUAUAUAAGAAAGCCAAAGACUUCGAUUCUAAGAUAGUUGGUUUUGAAACUGCUAUUAGGAGGCCCUACUUUCAUGUGCGUCCCCUAAAUGCCACAGAACUUGAUAAUUGGCAUAACUAUCUUGACUUCAUUGAAGGUGGAGGCGACUUCAAUAAGGUUGUUAAGCUGUAUGAAAGAUGUUUAAUUGCGUGUGCAAAUUAUCCUGAGUACUGGAUGCGGUAUGUUUUAUGCAUGGAAGCUAGUGGCAGUAUGGAACUUGCUGAAAAUGCACUUGCUCGAGCCACUCAAGUUUUUGUGAAGAGACAACCAGAGAUUCAUCUUUUUGCUGCCCGAUUUAAAGAGCAACAUGGUGAUGCUUCUGGAGCUCAAGCGGCUUAUCAACUUGUGCACACUGGAAUUUCACCUGGACUUCUAGAAGCGAUAAUCAAGCAUGCAAACAUGGAACACCGACUUGGAAACCUGGAUAAUGCCUGUUCCUUGUAUGAGCAAGCUAUCGCAAUUGAGAAAGGAAAGGAGCAGUCACAGACUUUGCCAUUGUUGUUUGCACAGUAUUCACGCUUCAUAUACUUGGUUUCUGGAAAUGUUGAUAAGGCGAGGCAGAUUCUUGUUCAAGGUAUAGAGAGUGCACAGUUGUCAAAACCCCUUUUAGAGGCGAUGAUCCAUCUAGAGUCAAUUCAGCCACUUCCAAAGCAAAUAGAACAUUUAGAUUCCUUGAUAGAAAAAUUCAUUGUCCCCAAUUCAGAAAACCCCAAUGUUACAAUUGUUGAUGAAAGAGAGGAGAUAUCAAGCAUUUUCUUGGAGUUCUUGGAUCUCUUUGGAGAUGCACAGUCUAUAAAGAAGGCUGAUGAUCGGCAUGCAAAAUUGUUCUUGCGCCGCAAAAGCUUAGGAGAAUCUAGAAAGCGUAGUGCAGAGGAUUACCUAGCUUCUGACAACGCAAAACAGGCGAAGUCACUCAAUUCAACCACUAACCCUGCAGUGGGUGCGUAUACCAGCACGCCAAACCAGUGGCCAGCAGGUUACGGCGUCCAGCCCCAAGCUUGGCCUCAAGCCUCACAACCUCAGGCACAACAGUGGACCUCUGGCUAUGCUCAACAGGCUGCAUAUGGAGCUUAUAAUUAUGGUAUGGGCUACGCGCAACCACAGGCACCCACAACUGCUCCCCAAAGCGCUGCCGCAUACGGAGCCUACCCUUCAACUUAUCCGACACAGCAAGCGUAUCCGCAGCAGGGAUAUGCGCAACCAGCAGCAGGUGCCGCUGCCGCCCCAACUCUUACUCCAGCCCAACAACCUGCUGCAGCGGCUGCGCCUCCCGCUACGUACUACCCUAAUUAUUAUAAUAAUUAAUUCCAAAGCAAGCAGUAUUGGUGAUGUGUGUGUACUUUGGUGUAACUUAGCUGUAAGAGGGAGGGAGAGAGAGAGAGUGAUGUAUAGACCAAUACCAUGAGCUGUGUUUUUUACAUGUGCAUGGAUAUGUGGUUUAAGUUGUCAUCCCAAUUUUAGUUAUGUUGCCUUUAGUUUUUAGUGAGGAUAGAUUUAUUUUAUUUGCAGAACUUCUAUUUCACGUAGUAUUCUCUUGUUUUUU